AUGGCUGUGUUUUACAUUUUGCCUCCGAAACUCAAGCGCUUCCAUGUUCACCACUCUUCUAGAAAGGUAGGGUUGGAGGUAAGUGGUUGGGAAGGGUCCACAGCAGAUUCGCGCAUUCUUCGAGAUGCUAUUGCACGACCAAAUGGGCUGCAUGUUUCUCAAGAGUGGCAAGGAGCGGAAAAUGCCCCUGCCACCGCGAAAGAGUACUUCAACAUGAAACAUUCUGUCGCUAGGAAUGUUAUUGAACGAGUGUUCGAUUUGUUGAAGGGUCGAUGGGCAAUCCUUCGCGGUAAGUCAUACUAUCUCGUGCAAAUUCAAUGUCGAACAAUUUUAGCGUGUUGCUUACUAUACAAUCUCAUCAACCGCGAGAUGAUGAAUGUCGAUUUCAUUGACGAUGUUGACAAGGGAGACUCCACCUACGCAACGAUUGGAGGUGAUGACACUCAAUUCAUUGAGAAUUUAAAUGAAUGCACGCACUGGAUGGAUGAUUUGGCUGUCGAGAUGUUUAAUCAAUGGCAGUUAUGUAGUGAAUAG